AGAGCCGUCGCGACGAAGCAAACGAGGUGCCUCCGGCGCACAAUUCUCACGUGUGCUUCCGCGCGUUUUCCGAUCGCUGUUGAGUAGCCGCGCUCCAGGAAUACAAUUUACGGUGAAUUUCGUGAGCGUUAGAGAACCGCUGAGAGUCACGGAGAAGAAAAAACCCGAGGGAAAUUCAGGGCGUGUUUCGUGCGGCCGUAGCCGCACCGCCGCGGAGCAGCAGGGUGGAAGAUGACGUCGCCGAAGAGUAUCAAGGCAUGCAAGAUGGAGACUGCGACUAGAAGCUGGACGGCGAGACCGAUUCUAGGCUCGGAUUUCACGGAAGUCCCUCCAUUGCAAGAGGUCUAUGUGGGCGUCUUGAAGCAACGGAAGGAUACCUCCACCGCGAUCAAAAGCAUAUCUACCGUUUUGCCGGGAUUCGCUCAUCUGAAGCGUUGUUCCAACGGAAAAUUACUUCUGGCUCCGCUUCGCUCGGACGAAUCGUCAUGUGAGAGGGACCACGACAUUUCUCUCAGUGAAAAUCAACUUAAGACCCAGCUGAAGGAGAGAGGAUUCGAUCUCUCCUUACUGGAGGAGAAAUUUCAGGUGACGAAGGUGCCAGCCAAGACGCCAAAGACGAAGUUACAGGCCAGCGAAGCUUCGAAGAUCUGGCCGGUAAACUUCCAUCCUGACCAGAUGAUUGAGAGUCUGAUCGACGGCUCGAUUUUCGACGAGAAUUGUUUGCACGCGAUCGAGCGAAUCAUGUCGCUGGUAAUAGAGGCUGCGAGGUUGGAGACGGUCGGCGAUGAGCGCUGCACCGGUGCCGCGGCGAUUGUCGAUCCCGAGGACGGAAGAAUCCUGGCGGUGGCUGCCGCGAGAAUCGAUAGGCAUCCCAUGUGGCAUGCCGCUAUGCUGGCGGUGGAUCUCGUUGCCAGACUUCACGGUGGUGGUGCGUGGGACUUGAGCGACGAGGAAUGCAAAGAAACGAAGGGACAAACGGACGCUGUCGAGGAAGAUACGUUCGAUGAUGGAGGGACAGAUCCGAGCGCCACGACUGAAGAUCAGAGCUUGAAGAGGCUUAGAAGGAUCAAGAGAAGGUAUCAGGAAGAAACGCCGCUCUGUUAUCCGAGAUCUCUAUCCUCGCUACAGUUUCCGGUUCAAACGUCCCUCGAGACGCAAGUCGUACGAAAAGGACGAAGGAACAACGGUGCCAAGAUCGAGGACUUGAAGCAGAAGGAAUGCGAUGAUAACGCGAAAAAAUGCGGGCCGUAUCUUUGCACGGGUUAUUGGGCAUUCCUGCUGAUGGAACCGUGUCCUCUGUGCGCUAUGGCAUUGCUGCAUUCCAGAGUCGCGCGGAUCUUUUACGGCACGGCCAAUCAGAGCGUCGGAGUUUUGGGCACCAAGGCGAUUUUGCAUACGGUGCCGGGUUUAAACCAUCGAUACCGAGUUUGGAGCGGAAUCCUGGAACAAGAGUGCCGGCAGGCGGUGGAAGAAAUCAAUGCUCGUAGAAGUCGCAACUAGAUGACGCGGUUCUAUUGUGGAAGAUAAUAACGUUCUAAAUGGGCAGUUAGUCAUCGCGGUCUCUGGAGAUAACUGAAGAUAUUAAUGCGAAGCCAGAGAAGACAAAAAAACGUACACGAGCGAAGCUUAUAUUUCGUUGUUAAUGUCCCCCGCGUUCGUUUGUCGUUUUUACUAACGACUUCUCAUGAGAAUUACGUUAUCUUGCGUCAUACAGAUGACAUUAUAAUGACAUUUUUGUGAUACGUUAUCUCACUUGCACAAUACAUCGUGCAUGUUCACACAUCUGACGUCAUAAAGAAAUAAAUCCAUUCCAAUAAAAGAAACCGCAUUGGUGACACCCGCUAAUACAUCGUUAUUCAAUACUCCCUUAGCACCUCUCUUGUGAUAGUAUAUUCCGAAAAGGCAAUCGAACUUAUUAUUUAAAACGUUUUUUAAUAGGAAACUUAUUGAACAAAUAAAUUAUUUUACACAUUUAUCAACGGCAAAUUAUUUCUUUGAUCCAUUGGUCGCGCGGGAGCAACUUAGAUACUUGCAUACUGCAACCGGUUUUAUAAUUUCAAUCGAAAGCAACACGGCGCAAAAGACUACACACAUGGUACGGACGUGCAUUCGGUCAUAAUGACUCUCGGUAUAUGCGUGACCUUGACGCCUCGACGCGUGCAUGUACGUCCGCAUCUGCUGCCGCUUAUUGGUGUGCACGGCGAAUUAACACUUGUGUUUGUCGACACACACAGCUGACGUUCGAUCAUUCCCCGAAGAUUGUAAAAAUCAUUUCUGUACAUUCUUUUGUCUUUCGUUUUCGAUAGCAGAGCUUCAGCCUUCAGUGCAAAGCAGAGCCUUGAUGCUUGGACCAUAGCCAAAAUAUUUUUUACAUGAGAUUUUCUACAGCCUAUUUUAAAAGAAAGAACUCGAUUUUUUACUGACUAUACAUUGAUACACACGACGCAUCAUUUUACCUCUUUAUUAAAAAUUUAACUU